AAUAUAUAGCACGCCUGUUCAGAAUUAUUAGAUAGUUCUAUUCGGGCUUUGUCUCUGUAAUAUAGUUACGUGUCUGAACAAUACUAGAACGAGGACCCCCCAGUGUAUUAUAAUAACGGACCGCCCUCGCUCCCCUUAUCUACCUCACCUGGGGCACGCCCCCUGGUGUUGAUUAGCCGCUGGGCGGAUGACGUCAGCAGCCCGGAGCGAGGCAUCCUGAGCACUGUCCGGGGUGAAGAGAGUGGAGAAGUUCUGCCAUGGCCUCUUUCCGGGAACGGUUUAACAAUUACGUUAAUGGCAACAACUUCGUGUCCCGCAUGCUGGGGAAGGUGGAGGAGAAGACCGGAAUUAAGAAGAGUUACUUGGCUACCGGCUCCCUCUGCUCUCUGGGCUUGUACCUGGUAUUUGGCUAUGGGGCUUCUCUGAUCUGCAAUUUGAUUGGCUUUGUGUAUCCUGCUUACACUUCAGUUAAGGCCAUUGAAAGCGCAGACAAAAAAGAUGACACGAUAUGGCUGACGUACUGGGUGGUUUAUGGCGUGUUCAGCGUAGUGGAAUUUUUCUCGGAUAUUUUUCUCUUCUGGUUUCCGUUUUACUAUCUGGGAAAGUGUGCAUUCUUGCUGUGGUGUAUGGCUCCUUUCUCAUGGAAUGGAUCUCAGAUUCUUUAUAGUCGUUUCAUUCUGCCAUUCUUCCUAAAGCACCAUCGGACUGUAGAUAGUGUAGUGAACGACUUGAGUGGUCAGGCUUUAAACACAGCAGAAAAUGUGACCAGACAAGUCCUGCAGACACUAGCAAGCAGCAGAACUCUUCUGGUCCAUGACGGGGGGCAACAAGCCCUUCCCAGCACAUCUCAAUCAAAGGAGCGGUAAUCCAGUCGCUGGAAACAGAAAAGAGCAAAUGACCAGCACCAUUGAAUCUAUGGAAAGCAUUCUUCAAUUUAAAGACCGAUUUAUCUUUCAUUCUACUAAAAUAUCUGUUUUACUUCUCAGUAUUCUCAAUUUGUUUGCAUGUUGAAAUGUACCACUUAAAUUCUAAUUUGAUAGAACACAAGAGUUAUGGUGUGAAAGUCUGUACAUGGGAUGUACUAGAGCUGCAUGAUUCUGGGGAAAAAUGAGAAUAGCUAUUCGUGGCACCAUGCUGCACCGCCCACAGAUCUACAUUUUAAAAUCAAAGUUAAACAAAAAAAACUAAAAUGAGAGAUCUC